AUGAAGCUUUUGGAGCCGACGACAAAUGAGCAGUUGUUGAUGACGAGAGUCGCUGAUGCGAAACAUGCGCUGACGGGAAUUGAGCCAGAAAUGGAAUGUCUGCAGGCGAUCAAAGGUGCGAUUGGAGUAUUCAAGAAGCAGCACCCUACGGAGCCCAGCAUUGGAUUGCUUUCGAAGGAUGCUGAAAAUGCGGAGAAGAUUUUGCAGGGAUGUAAAGCACUGGCUGGCAAGGUAAUUUCGACAUUGUCCUCGGCCCUCAUGAAAAAGCCGACGGAAGAAGUCAAAGAAUUGGAACGGCGUGCGAAGGCCGCAAAAGAUAAACUCAGUUGGCUCGACACCACUGACAUCCCUGACUUCUCUGCAUUGGAAGCGAAGAUCAAUUGGGUCAACGAUCGGAAAGACGAAAUCCGCGUCCUCGCAAACGAUGUCACGAGCACGUCCAAAACACUUUCGAGACUGCAGUCAAACGACGUCUCAACUCCGGCCUUGCUCGGAAAGCUGAAAGCUGACCUCGCAGCGACGCAGCAGACAGUUGCAAAUGUUGCUCANGAAUUCGAAACUCUGGACUCAUCUCUGCUCCUCACUGUCGACCCCCGUGGUGGAGGCAAACCCAGCCUGGCUUGCCAAGCCAAGCUCAAUUCCCUCAAGGACUUCAUCAACGAGAAAUCCGCGGGACAAGAAUUGCUGAACACUGCCGUGACUUGCGGUGAAGCAUUGUUCGGAGAACUCAGUGUGCCAGCGCGGGAAAAUGUUCGCGAAGAACUUCGAGGACUGCGAUCCACUUGGGAAACGUUGCUGGACAAGCUCAACGGGGUGGAGAAGAAAUUCGAAAGCGUUCUUCUUCAGUGGACUUCGUUUGACGAUUCAUUCAAUCAAACGAAUCUUUGGCUGCAGGAUAUAACACAGAGAAUCGGCGUGUCCAUGGAAGCCAAGGCGAAUCUACUGGACAAGAAGCUCCAGUUUCAGAAUCUGAAAGUGAUUGGACAAGAACUCGCAUCGCACAAGAAGAUCAUGAAUAACUUGCAGGAAAAGGGCCAGGAACUUCAUGCUUCUCACGUUGUUGGAGAUGUGGAGAAACUCGUGAAGCAAUAUGAAGAUCUGUGUAGAGAUGCUGAAAGAAGAAUAACCGUUAGUGAGAAGCUGGUGAUGAAUCACGAAGAUUAUCAGCAUCGACUCGAACGAUUUGUGGACUGGAUGAACUGUCUUAAAGGAGAAGUGAGCUUCCUCUUGGAGACCAGUGCAACUGGAGCUGCUUCGUCCACUGGUUCAGAAACGGAUGUGGUUGAAAGUAUGCUAGAAGUUGUCAACGGUGUUCUGAGUAAAAAGGAUGAGGGACAAAAACAGCUCGAUGGAUGCAAAGCCUUGCUUGCCUCCGUCAAAACGGAAACUCACGAAAGUGGGCGUCCGUUACUUGAUGCCAAUUUUGAUUGCCAAGUUGAGGCCUGGAAGCAUUUGCUGGCUCAGUGUGUGGAAGCCAAAGAAAGUGUUCAGGCGCAAACUUCAAAAUUCCAUACCUUGGAAACUGGUUUGAGUGAUUUGACAGCUUGGCUGAAGAACAUCGAUCGACGGGUGAAGGAACAAUCAGCCUUGAAGCCGUCUGCGCAAGCGAAGGAAACGCAACUGGAGAAGUUGAAGCAACUUAUCAAAGAGCUUGACAGCAGAGCUGCGGACGUAGUCAGAAGUGCCGAAAAUAUCCGCAGUGCUGUCAGUCCAUUGGAACUCGCCGAAUCAAAGUUGAACUUCCAGGCAUCACAUUUGAGCUCUCGCUUCCAGCACCUGAAAAAUCACGUCAAGGAUCUGGUUGGUCGUUAUGAAAACUUCGUUAAAGACCACAAAGAGUUCGACAAAGCCUAUGAAAAUUUCAACAUUUGGCUAGCUGGCAAGCACGACAAGCUGAAGAAACUUUCCGAAAUCGUUGGUGACUUGCGGAUUCUUCAGGAAAGAAAAAUGAAAUUGGAGGAGAUGCGGACUGCAAAAACCUCGGAAUCUUCUUCUUUGGACGAGUUGGUGACUAGUGGAGAACGGCUUUACGCACACACGGCGCCCGAGGGCCGUGAAGUUAUUAGGAAUCAGUUGAAAACUGCAAGGGAAAAAUGGGAAGAUUACGGAGAAGUUCUGGCUACGUCUCUUGGAAAGCUCGAAACUUGUCUCGCAGAAUUUGCUGAAUUCAGCGAACAGCAAGAACAACUCACGAAAUGGUUGAAAGAUGUGGAAUCAGCCAUGCAAAGUCACACUCAGUUGAAAGCCACGAUUCAGGAAAAAGCUGCGCAGUGUCAGAACCAUAAGGUGGUUGUGAGUGAGAUGACAACGCAAGAAUGCCUGGUGAAUUCUGUUUGCAGCAAGGCUCAAUCCCUUAUUGAUCAGACAAAGGACGAAUCUCUGGACAUGUAUAUCACUUCCAUUCGGAAACUCUAUGCCAGCAUUGAGAAGAAGUCCAAUGAAUUAUUGAAUCAAUUGGAAAAGAAUGUGACUGCGCAUUCAGACCACAUUACCGCGUCAAAAGCUUUUGAGGAUUGGUGUUCGAUUUUUUGCACCCAAUUGGCGGAGUGCAAGAGAUCCAGCGGAGAAAAGGGCGAUGUGAUCUCUCGCCUUUCCUCUGCCAAAGAUUUGAUGGCCAAGAAGGAGAGAGGUGACCACAUGCUCGAAGGCUUGAGAAAAUCGUUGGAAGGUCUGAAAGACAGCACAAAUCACAAGGGAUUGGAAACUCUUCAAGCCGAUUUCAUGCGCUUACAGCAAAUUUGGAGAAGCUUUUCGGAUGAUGCAGAAAAACUGGAAAAAAGCCUGGAAGGUUCAAUGGGUCAAUGGCGAAGCUACGACGAAGAAAUUGAAAAGCACUGUUCGUGGUUUCGACGGAUGGAAGCCACUUUUCGCGACGUUGAGCCGAGAAUUUCUUUGGAAGAAAAAAGCGAAAAGUUGCGAGAUUUGGUCGUAAAGCGUGCAGAAAUAAUUGCUUACGAAAGAAGUAUCGAUGCCUUCAUAGAUCAAGCUCAUGCCUUGCUUCAACAAAGUGGGGUUGCCCGGAUCAAGCCACAAAUUUCCCAGAUGAGUAGCAGGUACCAUUUGCUUCAUACCUUGAGUAAAGAAAUGUGCAACAAAUGGGAAGGCCUCGUGGAUGAUCACAAACUCUACGAUGAGCGUUUUAUGGAAGCCGUAUCUGUUUUGUCGGAUUUGGAAGACAAGGUCAAUCGGCUGGAGAAAGACGAAAGCGGUUCAGCUUCUCUUGAAACGUCAGCUUCCUCAGGAAACAACAAAGUAACCGCGCAGGACGUCAUGUCUGCUCGUCAACGCGGAAGCCACCAACUCAGCUUUGUCUCCACACAGGGUCUUGACCCAGAGAACGUCUUUAUCCGCAUACGGCUGCUGCGGGAAGAGACAAAAUCCGCACUGAGCUGCACUGAGCUGCGCGAUUUGCGCGAUCGAUGGGACGAAGUCGAAGUUCGACUCGGUGAACUGCAAAAGAAACGAGAAGUAGAAGCUCAGCAAAGAACGAAUCUUCAAGACAGCUUGCAGCAAACCAGAGCUUGGAUGGAAAGCAUGGAGAAAACCGUAGCUCAAGACGUGUGCAAUGCGGUUACGCCUGCUGAAUUGCGAUCUCGCUUGGUAAAGAUAAAAACUGUUCAGCAGGAAGUUGCUUCCCAUUGGAGACUCAUAGAGAACAUGAAAAACAAGGCGGAGAAAACUACCCCGAGUGCUGAGAUCGCUGAGACAAUCCGGGAUCUCGGAACCCGUUACGAUAAUUUGACAGAGACCAUCAAGAAAAGCAAAGCUGAUGUGGAACAUCUUCAAGAUGUCCUGACAGUGUAUCAAGAGCAAUUGCAAGCUCACCAGCAAUGGAUCAACGAUCACAAUGAUUGUUUGACUGCGUUAAAGGAUUACACGGGGUCCAAGCAAGUUCUGAAGUCUCGCCUCGUUGCUGUCGACAACUUUAACACGGAAUUGAUUGACUGGAAACGAGCUUUGGGAGACAUGGACUCAACUCUGCAGACAAUUCUGAGGAAGCUUCCUCCUCGGUCCCGAGAAUCCGUUGAACGCGAGUUUUCCAACAUCAAGUUCGAGUUGGAAAAGUUGGAAGGUGAUCUCGUGGAUGUGCGACAAGAGUUGGAUGAACGACUGCGUCAGUGGGAAGAGUAUGAGCACAGCUUUCUCGCGGAAGACAGAACCAAUUUGCUCAGUCUUCCUAGGAACUUUCUUAAACGAGGCUUCAGCUGGAACCUUCUUUUCCUUGAAGUUGAGUCGUUCAUAGCGUUUCAGAAGACUCUAGCAGCGUACAAUAGAACCGUUCAAGAUUUCAUUAGUGAAGCUGAUAAUAUGGAGCAAUCGCUGAUGCUGUCCAUUCGUCAAAAUGAAGGCGACAUGGACAAACUGAGUGAUGACGGUUCAGACCUGAUGCAGAUUACUGGGGAGUCCAGAUUGUCCAGUACAGUCCAACAAGUUACCAGCAGGUUUCAAGGACUGCAGACGACUGCCAAGGAAAUUUUGAAGAAGUGCGAGAAGGCUACACAAGACCAUAAAGCAUUCAAUUCGAAGCACGACCAAUGUUUGGCAUGGUUUUCUGUUGCAAAAGAAAAAUACCAAACUUGUUGCGGAAUAAGUGGUGAUAAAGCAUCACUUCAAAGGAAAGAAACGCUAGUGAAAGAAUUAUCCGCUGAAAGGCCCUUGGCGAUGUCCCUAUUAAACUCAACUGUGGAAGCUGGGGAAAAGCUUUAUGGAACAACGGCACCCGAAGGUCGAGAAAUCAUCAGAAUCCAGCUGAAGGAUUUGCAACAAUGCCUAGAAUCAUUUUUCGACGACGUGACGAGUGGAUGUCGGGAUGUUCAAGUCCGACUUGGACGAUGGAACAGCUACGAAGAAUUGACAUCAGAAUUGAGCGACUGGCUAAAAUCCACGCGAUGUCAAGUACCUGAAGAUAUCGAGUUGAAAUCUACCUUGGACGAAAAACGGGCUCAGCUUCAGGUUUACAGGUUGCUUUUGCAUGACAUCCUAAACCAUCAGCAGUCAAUCCUGGAUCUGAAGGACCGCGCGAAAAGCUUACCUGAACGGAACAACGAGAUUGAAGUGUUCUUAGCGAAUGUUACGGAGACGCACAAAGAUAUGCUGCAAAACGCACAGAAAUGCGUUGAGCGGUAUGAAGGAAUCGUCAGCGAUCACCAACAGUAUUCAAAAGCUGUCUUGGAGACCUUGGAGUGGCUUGAAGCCACGAAUUCCGCUAUUGAGCUUUGGGGUGACAAUGCUAUUGAAAGGAUUACUUUGCAUACAAAUCUUGAAAGACUUAGGAAUCUGGAUGCUGUGAUACAUGAAGAGGAGUCAAAGAUCAAGCAAGUCAAGUCGUUGGGAGAGAAGGUCAUUCCAGGCACAAAUGAUGCUGGGGUUGUGAAUGUUAGGGCUCAAAUUGAUUCUUGCCAGCAAGAAUGGCAAAGUUUGCUUUCGUCGCUCAGAUCGAUGAUUGAAACGUUGGAGAAGAGGUUGAACCAAUGGGAUGAGUAUGAAAAGCUGAAAGAAGAUCUUUCUUGUUGGCUACGUGAUACUGAUACCAAAGUCCAUGCAAUUGACUUGAAGCCGACACUUUCUUCCAAGGAGAAACAACUGGACAUCGUCAAGGAAUUGCAAGGGGAAGUCAGAGCGAAAGAACUGGAAAUGGAUGCUCUCACGGACAAGGCUCAGACUUUGUACAAAGGCUCAUCGUCUCCGCGACGCCAAUCGCAGAAUUCGGAACUCGGCAUGAGAUAUCAGCAAAUUUCCCUCAAAGUUAAGGAUUUGCAUGGCAAGUGGCUACAAUAUGUGAGCAACCAUCGGGACUACGACGCACAAUUGGCCGAGUGCCGAUCAUGGCUAGCCGACAUUUCGCAAAAGCUCAGCUAUUGUUCCGAUCUGAGUGCGAGUUCUCAGGAAGAUCUUGAAGCAAAAAUGGUCACUAUUCAGGAUUUGCUUCUUUAUAAAGAAGAAGGCUUUGGAAAAGUCCAAAGCUCGGUAGAGAAAGCUCAAAUUGUCCUUGCCAAUACUUCAUCUGAUGGACAUGCUGAAAUCAACGCGGCCGUCGAGGCUUUGCAGAAAGAUUGGUCAGCUUUGGCCUCAAAAAUGGCUGAAGCAAAGACAAAUCUAGAUGACGAGAUCCACCGAUGGGCCGGAUUCCUCGAGCAGAUCCAGCAGCUCAACAGAACCAUUCAACACGUCGAAGCUUCUUUAGAAGAAGGAGGCACCUUUUUGUCUUCAAUUUCGGAGAAAAGAAAUCAACUCGAUCGCCUCAAAGGCCUCGAGGAGAGGAUCCGAUGUGAAAGAUACGAAGUGGACAGUUUGAAGGCGAAAGCUGCGGAAAUGGCUGCUUCUGGACAACAAACUGGAGCAGCUGCCCAGGCCAAAAACAUUUUGAUGAAGUUUGAGGGGCUAAUUGACAGAAUCAAGAGCUUGAGAGCUGAGAGAGAAGAACAAUACAAAGACCACAGGAUGUUCAAAGAAUGUCAAGACGAUUUGCUUUCGUGGAUGAGUCGAGCAAGAGACAAAGUUCCUGCAUUGAGGCAAAAAAACCUUGGUGAUAAACUCGCCAUUGAGUCAGCUGUUUCUGCUCUUGAGAAUCUGAUGAAUCGUCAACCGCAAGGUCUGGCAAAGCUGGAGAAAGUGGUUCAUAUGGGAGAAGUGCUGCUUGCUUCAACAUCAACUGCUGGCCAAGAGACUCUGGCGAAUGAAAUUUCAGCUCUGAAGGCUUCUUUUAAAAGCCUUUUUGAUGAAAUCGAAGCGCAGAAGAAAGAGCUGGAAGGACUUCUUUCUCAGAUGCGAGGUUAC